AUAAUCCCUGUGACGUGUCUGGGUUACCCCUUCUGGCUGUGACUGAACUGCAAAAUAGCUUGUUGCUUAUGCAACACGAUAGCCUUACUGUAAAGUAGUUAGUUGUGAGAAAAAGUAAUUUCUGCCAUACCGAUUUUCUAUUUUUAUUUUCCGACCAGAAUGUUUGCAACUCGAUAUUACCUUUCCUGAUAGUAGUUCCGCGUGGGCCGUUGGAAGUCUCUUGCCUGCGCGCGGUGACAAGUACAUCUGGAUGCGACAGAUCGUCGACAGAAAGUGCCUUGUCAGACAUCCCUACUUGAGCUGCCUGCCUGCACGUCACCUCCACCAAGCAUGCAACAUUCCCUCCCUCGCUGUGACAGAAGAUAGCUCAACCUCAGCCCCUGCCCUACCAACUCAUCUUUAUCUGGCUCCGUCGCUGCGCUGCCUCAGAAACCCAAGCAGAAAUAUUUAACUGCAGCGGUUGGGGGAACUGUCUGGACUCUCUGCCAAAACAGAGUGCUGACUGACCCAUUCGGAGAAGUUUAGUCAAUACCCAACCCACCGUCUGCACGAAUUUAUAUUCUCGCCCAAGCAGUGCCAUCACCCUCGAAAUAGCACCAGUUUCAAUUAUCUUCCCCACCCCCUCCCCCUUUCUUCCCACUACCACCACAUUCGGACGGUCCGUCAGUCCACCCUGCCUCUGAGCAUGCCCCCGUUGACCUGUCAGUGGCCUGCACCUGGGACUAACUGAUUGACGAGCGACGUCUCUUGAUUGACAGCUUCUCUGAUAGCCGCCAUCUCCCAAGCUGAGCCCACAUCCAGGUUGCAAGUCCACCAACUCUGCUGCUCUGAAGUCCGCAAGGGCAAACGACUUUUACUGACCCACACAAUUUUUUUCGCUACACUUUUAGUCGUUUUUUUAGCACACUGAAGAGCCAUUAGAGUAUAGCCUCUCCUUAAACAAGUGGCUAGCUUUACCCCACCCCGGCAUUGCUAUGGCUUUAAAUAUUGCUUCGAUGCGAGACACGAAAUGGCUGACGCUGGAGGUGUGCCGACAGUUCCAGAGGGGGACAUGUUCGCGGAGUGACGAGGAAUGCAAAUUUGCGCACCCGCCCAAAAGCUGCCAGGUGGAGAACGGAAGGGUGAUUGCCUGCUUUGACUCGCUAAAGGGCCGAUGUACGCGGGAGAACUGCAAAUACCUCCAUCCCCCGGCCCACCUGAAGACCCAGCUGGAGAUCAACGGCCGCAACAACCUCAUACAACAGAAGACUGCAGCAGCCAUGUUGGCUCAACAGAUGCCUUUCAUGUUCCCUGGCACGACCAUGCAGCCUACCAUGCAGUCGUUUCCUAUUAGCCAGGGGCUGGGCUCCAGCCCGGGGCUGAGUUACGCUCCCUACCUGACCCACAUGACCCACAGCAUGGGCAUGAUGCCCACCGAGAUGCUCCAGCCCAGCACCCAGAGUAUCAUCGUCCCCGGCAGCCCUCCCUGCUCCAUGCAGAGCUCCUCCUCCAACCAGAAGCUUCUACGCACGGACAAGCUGGAGGUGUGCCGGGAGUUCCAGCGGGGCAACUGCGCGCGUGGCGAGACGGACUGCCGCUUCGCUCACCCCAGCGACAGCCCUAUGAUUGACACUAGUGACAACACGGUGACCGUGUGCAUGGACUACAUCAAGUCACGCUGCUCCCGGGAGAAGUGCAAGUACUUCCACCCGCCGGCCCACCUGCAGGCCAAGAUCAAGGCUGCGCAGCAUCAGGCCAACCAGACGGCUGUGGCCGCGCAAGCUGCCGCCAUGACUCAGUCGACUGCCAAAGCAAUGAAGCGACCCCUCGAGGCAACUGUAGAACUGGCUUUCCCCCACGGCUGCCUGCAGCCCCUACCAAAGAGACAAGCACUUGAGAAGAGCAACGGGACCAGCUCGCUCUUUCACCCCAGUAUGUUGCACUACCAGCAGGCCUUGGCCAACGCACAGCUGCAGCAGACGGCUUUCUGUGGCUUUCCCACAGGGUCAGUCUUGUGCAUGACUCCAGCUAGCAGCCUUGUACCCAUGAUGUACAGUGCUACGCCUGCUACUAUCUCUGCAACAACAACUCCUGUCACAAGUGUCCCCUACGCAGCAGCAGCGCCAGCCAAUCAGAUCAUCCUGAAGUAACUGUCAGGAAGGAAAUGGAGUGUCAAGAAGCUGCACUACAAAGCCCAAAACAGCCCUUUUUCUGUACAUACUAUCUUCCCCUUCAACAACCUGCAUGCUAAGAGUGUAAUACUACCAAUUAACCAUAAGACUUGAGUGCUGGUGUAAGAUGAUACACACAACAAAAAGAUGUAAAUGUAUUGCUAGGAAACUAUUGCCAUGAAAAUUAUGACAAAAAAGAAUAUGUACUGAACUACAUACACUUAGUGGAGAGAUGGCGAUGAGUUCAUUUUAACGAUUGUUUUCUCUGUUAACGUAAUAUGGGUCCUUUUUUAUAUUUUGUUUUCAAAACAGAACCUCGAUCUGCACAAAUGUUCACCCUUUGAAAACACCUUAUUUGCACUAUAAGAGAACUAGUGCUUAUUGUCAAAAGUGCUUCAUUGUUUUAAACAGGAGAGUCACAGAGAAGCCCCUGGUUGCAACUGGCGCUCCAGAUCAAGCUAGAAGGGAUUGUUUUACUUUUUGCUUGUUCUAAUUAUUUAAAAAAGACAAAUGUUAGGGAAGAUGACAUGUUUACUCAAUGACUGUCCUCUUAAUGAUGGUUUGAACGUGUUCCCCCACCCCAUCACCACCCCUUUAAAAUGGUGUGGUAUGCACUCCAUAUGAACCAUUUGCCAACAUUUAAUCUCUGGAAAACCAACGGCUUGCCAAACGAAAGUCAUCGCGACUGACAGACUAACGGACAGAAGCGAUCGGAGUCGAUCUGCAAGGGAACAGACGUGGAACAGCUUCGUGGCCAAAAUGUGCAGUCGGGCCUCGUUUUUGUGCACGUCUGGGGAAAAAAUAACCUAGAACUUCUUCUCCUUCUUUAAAUUUCAGUUUUACUUUUGGAUGGGUGCUGACAUUUGGGUUGUGUGUGUGUGUUUGGGUGGGAGCCUCAGAGGGGUCGGUGUUGGGGAGAGUUAUACUGGGCAUCAGGGAGUGCUACUAGCCUAUAUGGCCCCGGUUUGUGUGCCAAGGGCUUAACAAAAGCUGGCCGAAAGCAUAUGGCGGGAGAGAGCCUCAGCCUAAUGGGCCAAGCCAUGGAUUCUGCCAGCAGACUGGAACAGUCCGACUCGACUGUAAGUCCACCAGAGGCCCCAAAGUCAAGACCACAGGGACGAGGCCUUUUGGGGAGUGGGGCUAGAAGGAGGGAUAAGGGUGAGAUCGGCGAGGGGUGAAACAAGUGCUACGACUCAAAAAGGUGCAUUCAAAGAUGCUAGUCAUCGUCGUGAAGUCAUUGACUGGAGGGCUAUCUGUGACUGUCAGUCGUCACCCUGCUAUCACCGAGAAUCCUGUUUCUAUUUGAGAAAAACUGUAGAAGUGCCUAAAAAUCCUUUAACUUUAAAACAACAAGCAUCUGGAGAAACAUACUUUGUCAAAGAAAAAAUAAGAAUAUAUUAAAGGAUGGUUCAAGCAAAGUUCCCAAUAGUAUGUUGACCUAUUUAGAGAAAAGACUAUUCAGUUUUCAUGCAGAUGCCAUGGUUAAAGCAGUACCCUAGUGUUAUUGUAAACAUAUAUUUAACACAACAAAAAAUAACUUUCUGAAUAGAAAAUAUAUAUAAACUAACCAAGAUAGCUUGGUAGAAUGUUUGUUAAACAUUUCAUGAUGUAAUAUUUUGUUCUUACCAUAGGUUUUUAGUAGUUUACAUUGAAAAAAGUGAUUGAGAAUACAGGAAAUUGUGACUUGUGUGUAAUGUAUGUAACGUGUUUCUUACUUUGAGAGUUUAUAAUCAUGGUUGUAGCAGCAAUGUAUUCACAUUUAUUUCAAUUUGUUUUAUGAUGUUAAGCAUCAAAAUAAGUGUGUCACCAGAACAGUCUGUUAUUUUAUGCCAUGCUAUAGUUAAUUGUGUACUAGCAUUGUUUUAAACCAACCUCCACAUUAUUACCUAAUGGUUUAUGAGAUAUGUAUUUCGACUCUAAAUCACAUUUCUCGACACUACACAACCAAUUAUUUUCCUUGUGUUCAACAAAAAGGAUCAGAAUCAUGACAUAUUUUCAUGGCGCUUGAUCAACAGACAAUCCACAACGAGACACCUUUGGUUAAAAAAUAAUAAGGCACUGGUCUUAGUAUUUCUUUUUUUGUUGAUUUUUGUUCACUUUCACUGAGAUUUUCUUCUAAAAGGUUACAGUUUUAAUGUAAUUUUUGGUGGAAGGUGAACGAAGGUAUUUUUUGGUAACUUAUCGUAUUUUAAUGUUUUGUCAAAUGAGUCAGAAUGAUGUAACCUAUUCUAUUUUGAAAUGAAUGUAAUUUAUUGCGCUGUGCAUACCUACAAGGUCGUGUCUCUUUGGUCAGCCAAUGAGAUGCAGAUCAGAAGCAAGGGGGUGGAGUCUUAAAAAGCCACCAAUAGAAAGCUACUGGAUCUCCCUUGUCUUGUCAUCAACACAGUUCAUCGCAUUACAGUAAUGAACAAGGCUGUAGAAUUGCUUAUUGUUCAACAAAAAAAAAGAAAAUAAGAAUGUUAAUUGUAUAGGUGAAAUUUUACCAAAAAAAUGAUUUAAAUAUGUACUUUUCACUCUAGUAUUUCAUAAUAUUAAGUUGUUGCUGUGGCAACAAAGUUGCAAUUACUAAAGUUCUGUAUUUUUGUAAAUUAUGUAAUCAUUAAGUUGACUUUUUUUUCUAGAACACUGCACACAUCACUAGAUUGUAAAGCAGAUUUCAACAUGUCUUAUUUGUCGUGAUUAUGACAAUUUUCCUUAGCAGCCUCUGUAAAGGUGUAACUUUAACACUUAAGAUGUAAUAGACAGAGUUACCAAUGUUAUUUAGGAUGAAAUUAUAACAAAUUAUCUAUUAAUUGAAUAGUUAAGAUGUACAACUUUUCCCCUGAGAAAGGACCACUGGUUUCAUGCACACCAAUGGAAAAAUAUUUAUGAAUGUAGUUUGUUAAAUUGUUUAUCAUCAGUUAAGGAUUGCACUUCUUCCGGUAAAGUAAAAAAUGUCAUUAUUACCGAUGCCAUACCUAAUGAAAUUUGCGAAGUUACUAUACACCAGUAAUUCUGUAUAAUAGUCACUACCUGUUUGUAUCAGAGAAAUAACCUUUGAGCAUCUUGCAUGGAAAAAAGUUUUUAUUAAUAAACAAUAAUUUACUGAA